AUGCGAGGCUUACGCGUCUUCCUCCCACGUAUGGCAGCCAACAUCAAUGUCGUUCUUUCAGAACCCUACGAACCAACUUGGAAAUCUUUAGACUCCAGACCUCUGCCGGAAUGGUACGACAAAGCCAAAUUCGGAAUAGUUAUACACUGGGGUGUGUUCUCUGUCCCAAGUUUUGAGAGUGAAUGGUUCUGGGAAAUGGUCAAUGAUGAUUCUAGUGCUCCAGCUUUACUUAUGAAAAAUAACUAUCCAAGAGGUUUCACUUAUCAAGAUUUUGCAAGAGACUUCACAGCAGAAUUUUAUGAUCCGAAUGACUGGGUCAAGGUUUUGAAUAAUUCUGGUGCAAGGUAUGUUGUGCUAACAAGUAAGCACUAUGAAGGUUACACUCUAUGGCCUUCAAAGUAUUCCUUCAGUUGGAAUUCAAUGGAUGUUGGUCCUCACAGAGACAUAGUGGGAGAACUGGCUAGAUCCAUUCGCUCUAGAACGAAAUUAAAAUUUGGUGUGUAUUAUUCACUGAUUGAGUCGUUUAAUCCUCUUUAUUUGCAAGACAAGAACAAUAAUUUCAGUACACAGAUAUUUGUUACCCAACACACAACGCCUCAAUUGCAUGAACUAGUAGAAAAAUAUAAACCAGCUGUUAUUUGGUCUGAUGGUGAAUGGGAAGCUUCAGAUUCAUAUUGGCUUUCCAAAGAGUUUCUAGCUUGGCUGUACAAUGAAAGUCCUGUUAAAGAUGAUGUCGUUGUAAAUGAUCGAUGGGGAAAACAUAUUCCUUGCAUGCAUGGUGGCUUUCGUACUUGCAGGGAUAAUUUUACACUUGGUGUUCUGCAGCCCCACAAGUGGGAAAGUAGCACGUCAAUUGACAAAGUAUCACGGGGGUACAGAAGGAAUGCGAAAUUUUCAGAUUAUAAAAGUACUCAUGAGUUACUGGAACAUUUAGUUUCAACUGUUAGCUGUGGUGGUAAUCUAUUGCUUAAUGUCGGUCCCACAAAAUAUGGUAUGAUACCUCUCAUUAUGCAAGAACGUCUUCAUGAUAUUGGAUAUUGGCUUCGUAUUAAUGGUGAAGCGAUUUAUUCCACAACGCCGUGGACCACCCAGAAAGACACGUACAAUACAAACGUUUGGUAUACCCAAGGUAAACAAUUUGUAUAUGCUAUUGUGCUUGAAUGGCCUAAAGAAGGCCUCUUGACAUUAGCAGCAAUUCAAUUAAAUAAAAAUUCUAAAAUAAAAAUGUUGGGUACAAAUUUUAUACUGAAAUGGCAUAAUACUAAUUCUGGUAUUGUAAUAGUAUUUCCUGAUAGAGCCCAAUCACCAGAUUUUGCGUGGUGUUUAAAACUGAGCAGUGUCAAAAGGAGUCGAAAAUCAAAAUAA